CAUAUUUACCUUUCAGUCGUAGUUAAAUCACAGAUCGUAUUUGUUGUUAAAUAACAGUCGAAGGCUAUAAUGAAUUUACGGUAUUCUGCAUUGGUUGGUAUAAUAUUUUUGAUAUAUAAAAUGCAUUUGAUGGAAAGUCGUCUUAUUGAGUUUACAAACAUAAAGUGUACAUCGCUGGACAGGAAAUUUAGCGAAUUCGAGUAUUGUUACUUGAAAGCUGCAAAUCGCACUUAUAAAUAUUUGUCAUUAAAGGUUCUUCUCCAUAAGAUGCCGGUACCUCAAUUUUCGCUAAAUGCAGCAAUUAAUAAGCGAUCGAAUGGACUGAUGCCGGUUAGCUAUAAUCUUACUUUUGAUGGCUGCAGGAUGGUAGCAGAUAUGGGUAAACCCUUGAUUUCAUUUCUUUUUGGGUUAAUUAAAGCUUACUCAAACAUCAACCAUUCAUGUCCCUUUGACCAUGAUAUUAUUGUUGAUAAGCUGCCCACUCAUUUCGUAAACCAACAACUCACCGGAUUUUUACCCUUACCUGAUGGAGAUUAUGUAUUCAAUAGCAAUUGGUUGGCAAACGGCAUAAAUCGGGCCAAUGUUCGGCUUCACUUCUCGUAUACGUAA